UACAAUUUUAAAAGAUCUUGUCAUGAUAUUUAAUUCAGCAUCCAUAUCAAAUAGUAUUCUUUUAUGAAUUAUAUAGUUAACGAUUUAAAAGAAAAUCAAAAUAUUAAAAAAAAAAAGAACAAUUAUUGUUUUAAAGAAAAUAAGAACAAAAAUUUAGUGGAAAAGAGUUUGCGUAACAAUUCUAUUUUCAUGCGUGAUUUAUUAAAUGUAUCAUCAUAUGAAAAUAAUUAUUGGAUGAUAAAAAAAAAGAAAAAAGAAAAUGUAUCAUCAUAUGAAAAUAACUCUUGGAUGAUUAAAAAAAAGAAAUAAAUAAUGGUGGAGUGUGCUUUUAAUGGCGAUAUUAAUGCGGGACACAAAUUACAGAAUUGCAGCAAAAUCCCCUUCUCCUAAUUACUGCCAUCAACGCUCUAAUAAAUAAUCCUCAUUCCCAUAAUCCCCCACCCUCUCUUUAUUUAUUCCUUUUUAGUCUUUUUUUUUUCACGAACACCAAAGUCGCAAUCUCCUUUUCUAUUUCCAAAUAGUAUUGCGCAAAGCUAGGAGAGAGAGAGAGAGAGAGAGAGAGAGAGAGAGCUUCUUGAGCUUGAAGAAAUGGAGGAACCGCAGCCGCUGCCUCGAAUCCUAGCGCCAUGCGGCAGUGGAAGAAGAAGCUGUGGCGAUUCGAACUCGCCGGAAUUUGAGUUUUGGAUGGUCAGAAACCCUUCUUUUCCACCGCCGAACCUUCUAUCCGCCGACGAGCUCUUCUCCGAUGGCGUCCUCCUCCCCCUCCACAAUCUCAACCUCUCGAAUGAGGUUCCGCCGCGAGGGGCUGACGCAUCCGGGUCAGAUCGAGGCCCGGACCCCGAAUCCUCCUCUACGGAAUCGGCUGAAUUGUCGGCCAAUUCCUCGUUGACUUCGUCAAAGCGGUGGAGAGAUAUUUUCAGGAAAAAUGACAAGAAAAAUGGUGACGAUCAAAGCGUUAAGGAGAAAGAUAGCAGCGUUAAAGAGCGGAGAAGAGAGAAGAAGAAUGGUAGCGUUGGUGGCGCCGGCAGCUCGGCGGAGCUGAACAUUAACAUAUGGCCUUUCGCCAGGAGUAGAUCUGCCGGUAACAGUGGAACUCGGCCGCGCGCGGCGGCGGUGGCGACUCGGAAGGUGAGCAGCGCGCCGUGCUCGAGGAGUAACUCGAGGGGCGAAUCGAAGUCGAGGAAGUGGCCCAGCAGCCCCGGCAGAGGCGGAGUCCACUUGGGAAGAAGCAGCCCCGUGUGGCAGGUCCGCCGCGAAAAGGCUGUCAAGAAUGAGGGUCGACGGAGAGUCCCGGUUGCCGGUGCCUCUAAAGCUAGGGUUCUGAGUUUGAAUGUCCCCGUGUGUAUGGGCUACCGCCAGCAUUUCAGCUGUAGCAGCGAUCAGAAUAGCGCCGGAGCUGUCGUCGCCGCCGCUGGCCGACCGGCCGCCGGUGAUGGGGUACGUGGAACUAAUUUGUUUAAUAUUAGAAGCCUCUUUACCAAGAAAGUCUAUUGAUGCCUUCAAAACUACUACACUCUACACUUAGGUUUGGUGUUUAUUAAUCAAUUACAUUUUCUCCAUGCUUAUUUUUCCUGUCCUAUGUAAAUUAGUAUAUAGAAAUUCAGUCAUUUUCUG